AUGUCCGGCCUUGGCGCCCGCCGCUCCGCGCCUCUCGCUUUUCGCGUUGACAAUUUCUUUUUAUCUCGGCCAUCUCGCGGGCCUGGCCGUGAGCCUGCCUCGCCCAACUUUCUGCGGCCUCGUCACCCAAAGUGAGACGGCGUGGCGGUGCGUUCCGCGAAAGUGGCCGACAAGACGGUUUUCUGAACUAGUGGGACUUGAUCUUCCCUUCGCGUGGCAAGGUACUGACCGUGUCUGCGUUGGACCUCCAUGGUUGGCAGUUUCUCCUGAGCUCAACAUCAUCGUCAUCCAUAGGAUCGGAGUCCGUAAAGUCCUUGCCAGGAUAAGACUUCCCCAUUACCUCGUCGAAGAACCCCGUGAUCAAAAAGGUUGCUGGAAAAGAUCCAUUGGACCAUGGCCAACGAAUGCAGUGUGGAUGCUGCAGCGCUGCAGUUGCUGAAUGGAACUGGUAGCCGUCGAUCAGGGAAGAAGCCCUUUGAGUGCGCGGUUUGCGGCAAGAAAUUUGAUCGCGCAAGUUACCUCGAUAAACAUUUAAGAAGCCACACGGGAGAGAAGCCUUUUAAGUGCACGGUCUGCGACAAGAAAUACAGUUACGAAGAUAGUCUUAGACUUCAUCUUAGAAUCCAUACAGGUGUUAUGCCUUUCGAGUGCACGGUUUGCUUGAAAAAGUUCCGUAUAGGGAGUCAAUUGAGAGAGCAUUUGAAAGUACACACGGGAGAAAGGCCCUUUCAGUGCACGGUUUGCUUGAAGGAGUUCCGCAAAGGGAGUCAAUUGAGAGAGCACGUGAGAGUACACACGGGAGAAAAGCCUUUUCAGUGUACAGUUUGCAAGAGGGAGUUCACCAUAGGAAGUCAUCUCAAAAGGCAUCUCAAAAUGCACACCGGAGAAAAGUCUGUAGCCUGCUCUGUUUGCAAUAAGAAGUUCCGUACAUCAUCCACCCUCAAAGAUCAUUUCAGAACCCACACCGGCGAGAAGCCCUAUGAGUGCGCGGUUUGAAAGAAGAAGUUUAUUUCAAGGGGUAAUCUCAGAUAUCAUCUCAGAAUCCAUACGGGCGACUUCCCA